AUGCAACUACCACCCUCCUCACAGCUACCGCCCUCUUCUCAGAAUGCUAGUGAACUGUCGAAUGUACAGACUACCGACGACUAUGAUAGCGCCUUCUCUCAAGAUAUCACACAAGAAAUACUGGAAGGUCUGGACGACAUUGAGGCGCGUGAAUCAGCGCACAAGGACCCAGUUGCUACCUUUACGUCUGCAGAGGACACGUCCCUCACUGUGUCUGGAAAACAGCUUCUUUCACCAACAAAAAAAGCCCCAAAAGGUAUUCACCAGCUUGCGGCAAGGCGUCGAGCAGCAGCCGCGGCAACAUCACCCACUCCUACACCAUCCGUCUCUGUGAAUCUGUCGCAACCACUACCGUCACAGCCUUUGCAUCCUCCAUCUGCAACAGGUCAUCCGGUAGGACCUGAACGUGAACCUUUGCGUUCUCCAUUUGCAACAGGUCAUCUGGUUGGACCAGUACACCACUAUGCCCAUCCCUUCGCCAUCUCCUCACACACACCUUACAAUCCACUGUUCUACGGUCCGCCAGAUUCAUUGGCAAAUACCGGGUAUCCUCAUCAUCCAGGAUAUCCACCUCAAAAUGCGCAACUGGCACCCCUCCAUCAUGUGCAACUGGCAGCGGUAGCGAACACAGUCAAAACAGAGGAGUUCAAUCCUCCUGUCACUUCCUCCCCCUCUCUGGCCCCAGCCACCGCGACAUUGUCUCCCCUCACACCACCUCCAGCUCUGCCCGUCACUUUGUCUCCUCUUACACCACCACCCGCCGCUUUGUUAUCUCCUACCACACCACCACCCCCUCUGGUUCUGGCUACAGCGUCGUCUACUCCCGUUGCGAUCUCUCCGCCCCCAUCUGGCCGUAUGACAAAGACGGACCAAAGCAUAAUGGAGGAUCUCUUUAUAGAACUGGAUAAAUUGAUCGAGAAGACGGCAGAUCAACUCAACUUACCACCAGACCUUGUUUUAAGUCGAUACCUCUCUCACGAUUGCCGUGGUAAGGGUAUCAAGAAGGAGAACCCCUGGAACUCGUAUCAACAGUGGGUCCUGGGCAAUAAGGCCGUGCUCAGACAGGAGAUGAACCGACUUCCAGAGGACACUAAGUGGGACGGCAAUUCUCAACCAACGAGGGAGCAGCUUGCCCUCACGUUCGCAAGCUUCAAAAAUGUUGUUCGGGAUUGGGAUGAAGUCCUCCGGGAAGCCACAUCGGCAAGGCUGCUAAAUCCUGUCCAAAUUCACCGCUACCGCAGAAAGUCCUUCGAAGGUAUAUUCCAGAAGGUCAAAGCUAUGUUGGAUAUUGCAGACCAUCGCUACAGCUUUAGCGGUGUUGUCAUUCUUUUUGGCAACCUUGUAAAUGAGGAUCAGUCAUUGGCGCACGUCUAUGCGACAUCUAAAUUGAAAACAUUUGCCGAAGACUGUUGUUUGACAGAUGAAAGCAGCCUCAUAGGAUACAUGAGAUCCCUCGCCUAUGAUAAUGUGCGCCGCGAGGCCCUUUCGUCGGAGGUCAUGGCACUGGCAGAACGGUUCAACCUGCCCUUGCGACCUCUAGCUGAUCAAACAACCUCCACUACCAUUCCACCUCCUUCUACACCCUCACCGAUCCUUGCACAGUGCUCAUCCGAAACCCCAUCUGGAAUUCGAUCAGAUUCCUAUUCUACACUCCUCGGUGUCCACGUUCUGAAUUACGCAAAUGAUGCAAAGCUGACCACUGCAGCCAGACAAGCUGUUGUUAAGCGUGGGUCCGAUGCUGGUUUCAAUAUUGAUUCCAGGAAAGUACCCUGGAAGUCAUUAGACAGCAUCAUGAGGACAGCUGGGUUUACAGUGACGAAUUACCCAGUUUCGGUCCUAGCACCUUGGGACCUACCACCUGCUGCUGCAAGUAAAGGGAUUGGGGGGCUUAGCAAAUCUUCUCGCAUGCUCAUCGUAGCUGCAUGCCACGAAGAUUGUCAAAAUCGACUCACUUUUGUCUCGCACCCCGAGUCAGAUAUCAUAAACAAUGUAGUUCCGAUUCUCUCCUAUGCACCGAACUCCACAAACGAGGUUCGUCAAGUCUUUUAUCGUGAUCUCCCGGAUCUGGAAGUGCGGGGUAGCCGUGCUAAGGGGAAGGUUAAGAAGGGGAAGGCUAAACUGAGUGCUGAGAUGCUCUCUGACUCAGAGGUAGAAGACGAUGAAAAUGAUCAACUUGUCAAUGACGAAGCACCUGCUGAUGUACCACAGCAAGAACGGAUUCCCGAGGAUGAGACACCUACCACUCGACCUCAGCGCGUCACACGCUCCAAGUCCCAGCCACCUCCCAAGGCCCUGCCACCCAGAGCCUCUACUUCUCGAGCAAAGUCCCAGGCACCGACCGAAUCCCCCGAGACGGCCCGGCCCAAGAAGGUAUCGUGGGAGGAGCCAUUGCCAGCUUCAGGGAAACUGCACUCCAAAGGUGCUACAGGAUCAAUCACUACAACAUCUACGGCUGUUGAUACCUCCGCAGCGGCUAAUGACCUCGAGAUGGGGUUCACAGCUUACAGCUGUAUCGAUAGCCUCCGGAGCAAGACCAAUCUCAAGCCACCGAUUUCAGCAAUGGACCUCGACGAUGCUACAAGUAGCAAGCGAAGAUCACCCUCUCUCGUGGAUGAGGCCCAAGUAAAGAAGCUUCGUCUCAAUGACGGCUCCUCCGCUCCCCAACCCCCAUCCACUGUUGAACCACUGUUGGCUGGGGUACCUCACACCUCUACAAUGCCGCAGAUCGCUCCUCAACCUCAUCCGGCACCACCACCUCAGUCGCUUCCCACAUCCACUCCGUCAGUAUGGCAAACGGGGAUUCAACACCCCUCCACUGUUUACCCCCAUGCACCAACAAAUGCGCAAGCACCUCCAGGGCAAACACGGCCUUCCAUGGCCCACCCCCAUGCACCAAACGUGCAAGGUCAUCCAUCUAUGCAUUCACAACCCCCCUCAGCACCACAGUUAUCCCAUGAACACCUCCAGGCAUUGAUGGCCAUGGCGGCAGCCUCGGGGUACCACCUCCAACCAUAUCCUCCUGCUCGCCAUCCACUACCGUCCUCCUCACGACAAAACACCCUACCGGGCGGAAACGCGCAUGGGUAUCCAGAAUCAGGGCAAACCACCAUCCCGGUGGGGCACGCGCAUGUGUAUCCGGGAUCAGGAGGUCUCAAUUAUACAGGGUCGGGGCAAACUACCACCCCAGGUGGGUACGCGCACGCGUAUCCAGGAUCCUAUCCAGUCCACAAUGCUGCCAUGUCGCCGGUACCCCCAGAGAGCAGCAUCAAUAGAGGUGAUGUCCAGCACCAGUGGGGAGGAAAUGCCAACUGA